UAUAAUAAUGACAGAUAAGUUUAUAAUUUCUGUAAAUAUUUGUGGUGGAAAAAAUUAAGCGCGAGUGAGUACAUGCACCACUUAUCGUCGUCUAAUCUGCUGUAAACAGUUGCUAUUUUUCAAAAAACGGUAACAUUAUUUGUAGGUUAUGACGUAAAAAUGUUAGGUUAGGACUCUGACGUUCAGGGAACCGUUAGAGGGUCAGACGGUUCAUUCCAAUUUUAAUACUACUCAAACGGGAUUUUAGACAACCAUAAUGUCUGCUUUGGAAUACUCGAAAGCAUUAACAGAAUGGGGACGAUCGUCAUGGAAAAACGUCCACAAUUGUAAACUGUGCCCCUGUGGAAAAAUUUACAUGCACAAAUACCGAAAUUGAAUUCUACCACUGUACAGUCUGCAAUUUCAAAACGGAACUAACGAUUCUGUUCAAACAACACGUUGCUAAAUAUCACGACCUUAAGACAUAAUCUAGUAAGGACUUCCAUAUACAAAACUACGUUUGUGAAAAGUGCAACUUCGAAACAAACUUCUCGUUAAAGUGGUUUCAGCAUGUUUCAACAUGUACAAAUAAUAUAAUUUUAGAAGCACACAAUGCUGAAUGAAUGGUUCACAUGUGAAAAGUGUCCGUUUAAAACCACAGUGAAAAACGGUUUGAAAAGACAUGCAGGUGCAGUUCACUUGAAAGAAGACAUUGUUCAACAGUAUAAAUGUAAAGAGUGUGAAUUCAAAACUACGAUUAGAAAGAAUUUAAGAAUGCACAACAAUAGAAAACAUUUAGACGAAAACAAGAUUAAAUGGUACGAAUGCGCGAAUUGUCCCUACAGAACUGUAUACCAGUCGCAUAUUAAACGUCACAUGAUUUGUGGACAUUUGGAUGACGAACAAAUCAAGUGGUUCGAAUGUGAAAAUUGCCAAUACAAAACAAAAAUCGCGUCGAAUUUAAGAAGUCAUAUGAUGUUUCGGCACUUGGACAAGGAAGAAGCGAAGUGGCACGAAUGUGCGAUCUGUUCGUAUAAAUGUAAAAUAAAGAGUAAAUUAAAGGAGCAUGCAAUUCUCCACCAUUCAGAUAUCAAAUCAUUCCAGUGCAAAUAUUGCUCAUAUAACAGUAAACUGGAAAGUUACUUAAAAAAACAUAUGAAGAACCGCCACUCAAUUGAAGAUGGUGUUAAAUGGUACAAGUGUAGGCAGUGUCCAUUUAAAACUAAUGAUAAAGUAGUUUUAGGAAGCCACUUAGAAGGACACGAUUCUGAAGUGUACACAUGUGAAAAGUGUCCAUUUAAAACCACAGUAAAAAACGGUUUGAAGACAUAUAGGUGCAGUUCACUUGAAAGAAGACUGUUAGAGCCUCUGGCGGGGACCUGUUUCACCCCUCCCCACCCGUAAGGGUGGGAGCCAGAGCCACCCCCACCUUGGAACACAGGGUAGCAUUCAAUUCUUAAUUCUUAACUCAUUCAUACACAUUCAAUUCUCAAUUCUCAAUUCGUAACUAACAUUCAACUAUCUCGACCGCACGGUCACAUAAUAUUCUAUUCUUAUCAUUCUUAUUUAUCCUAACACUUGUCACUAGCAAUAUACAUUUAUCUUACUGUUCGCUGGUCUUAUUCAUUUAUACAAACUUUCGACAUGGUCCUUCGAGCCGGAUUAGCGACAGAAUAACAGUGGUAGUGAUAAGUGUAAUUCUCAACAUAUCAUUCAUCGGCUGGAAUUCAGCAAAGUAGUUAUCAAAACAUCACCUAGAAAUCAUCCGCGCAGUGUUCAACUAUCGGUGACGACCGCGAGUGCUGUGCAAAAUCCUCAAGUAUCAUUCAGCGUCAGCCAAGAUAAUUCUAUCCAGGAAUCCAGGAUUCCAGGUAAGCUUUAAUUCUGUUUGGUUGGUGUAAUACAUUUAUUCUCGUACUCAAGAUGGUGGUAAUCCAAGACAAUACUUUUGUUAAAUUUUCAAUUCUUCUCAGCGAAAUAGAUUCACAUUCUAAUUUUAUAUCAAAUGUUGCAAAUCAUCAAAAAAGAGGCCACUUAAAGCGUCGAUAUGAAGACGUACAGCGAAUUUAUUCAGAAUUACAAAUGCUUGUAGUUCAGCAAAAAUCCGAAACAAUGGUAGUCCCAAAUGACACGAGUAACACGGAAACGAUCAAACCUAUAAUUUAUAAUAUCAGAGACGUGCUAAAUUAUAUUCAAAAAAUAUCCGAAUUAUAUAAGGCUCUCAUUGAGAAAACUAAUCCAUUGUGUACUUUCUCGAAUUCAUGUAAGAUAAACACUAACGUACCAACCACGGAUCUAGAAAAAGCUUGUCAAAACUUAACGCCUCUAAAGGUACACAAAUUAAGAAAUGGAGAACCCAUCAAAAUUCACAAAACCCAUUUCAAUGCUCUACGUAAAUUGCGGUUCACUGUUGGUAAAAAAUCCCCUCUUGAUUCCGUUAUUUCAAAAACUCCUAGUAUAAUAUCAAAUCGUUCAAAAUUUCCAAAUUCAACACCCAAUGAAGAGAAAAAUAAUCUUUUUAACGAUUGUUACAACUCCGAAGGCGUAUCUCAAAUUAAUUUAGAUAAAACUUCUAAUGCAGAGUCAUCUACCGCACUAGACAAAGUAAAAAGUCCUCCAGUUAAUUCAAAAAACUGUGGCUCAUUGUUAGUCUGUAACCAAUUUAAAAUUAGGUCGCAAUAUUUAUGUGAAUCCGUAGACUCAAAUAUUAAAGACAACACGUCAAACGUAGCAAUACUCGACAAGAAAAAACAUUCCGAAAAUGCUAAACCCAAAAUAACAAGUCAUUUCAGUAAAAACCCACCGGUGCUUCAAAAUACCGCGCUGGGGUUGAUUCUUAGCGGCAGUUUUGCAUAUUUAAAAAAUAAUACUUCCCAUCAUCACAAAAUUAGUUCAGCCCAAAUUAUUUCUCGGUUCUUGGAAGCUGAAACCGUCAAAACCGGAAGUAGGUCAUUAAGCAGAGGGUUUAAAAGCGAUCUUUGUGCAACCUCUUUUCAGUAUACUACCACAGGCCAUUCACCCGAUGGCUAUUUCAUGGUCAAACACCCCUUUUCGGAAAAUCAGCCGCGGUUUACACAAAUGCAUCCAAAGUGGCUAUUAUCAGUCGAGAGGAAGUUGGGGCAUUCCACAGUCCCUUAUUUCGAAAAUCUACCUAAAUUAGGAAAUUCCCCAGAACUCGCUCUCCAACUGCUAUUGUUAGCAGAGGGGCAUAAUCAUAAACGUAACGAGGGUUUUAUUGUCUCUCAAAGGAAGUACCUAGACCUUGUACACCUGAAGGUACUUAAGGAGAAUUCCUCAAAUAAUUCCGUUUACCUGUCACACAAUUGUAUUCUAAAUCCCCACAUUUCUUCCAAUAAACUUUGCGAGGUUGUUGACCGUUCCAAUCUUAGUUCAAAGAGUUUAAAUAUGAAUCGCCGGAGUUAUAACGAAAUUACUGGUAAAAACCAUCUUGAGGGCGAGGGCGUGUGUGCGCUCGCUGUCAGGGUUAAAGCCGUCCUGAAUUCGCGCCUUUCGAAGCCUCUGUCCAGCGACCGCAAUAAUUUGGUCGCAUUUAUACCUGGCCAGUGCCUCUUUCGGCCAGCCAUCAACUGGUCCCUCAGGAAAAGACCACGCUGUCGUUCCCAUCAACAGGCCAUCCCUUGCCACCUCAUCCACGCUUACCAUCAACACUUCUGGAAGUCGUGGUACCUCGAAUAUUUGACCACACUGAAAGGCAGGUUAGGGUGGCAAAGGCCAUCUUCCAACGUUCUAGGAAUGGCUAGAUGGGUCCUCGCGAAGGAGGAGAAAUUUCCGCGUCUACAGUGGCGGUUAGGACGCGGCCCUCCAACAUCAUUUUGGAAAGGAAGUGGUGGUGUGUGUAGUGUCGGUGAAGUGCAAAAGAUAAUUUCGCAAUCGCAUGCAUUAUCAAUCUCUUUAACCAUAUUGCAUAUAUCUUGUCAAUUUGUUAUAUACAUCUCAUUGUUGAUUUAUUUUACUAUGUUCUAAGUAUUCAUAUUUGUAUUAUUGUUAUAUUCAUUCGCCAUAUUAUUCACCCAUCGUAUUUUUCAUUAAUUUGGAUUAUUAUAAUUGUUGUAAAUUUACAUUUAGGUCUAUUGUAAAUAUUGUGUAUUCACUGAUAUUGUACACAUGUAAUUUGUUUUAGAUAUCUUUUUUUAAAGUUUAAUGCAUUUCUUCAGGUUCAUUGCUUUCUGUAACAAUGUCCACCCAAUUCAUGUAAUUUCAUCUGUAUUUAUCAUUACUAAAUCAUGUUUUCAUUCUAAUGUUCCAUAUAGUUUAUUUUUGAUCUUAAAACAAUGUAAUUGUUUCAAGGCGGGGGGUAUGUUAGAGCCUCUGGCGGGGACCUGUUUCACCCCUCCCCACCCGUAAGGGUGGGAGCCAGAGCCACCCCCACCUUGGAACACAGGGUAGCAUUCAAUUCUUAAUUCUUAACUCAUUCAUACACAUUCAAUUCUCAAUUCUCAAUUCGUAACUAACAUUCAACUAUCUCGACCGCACGGUCACAUAAUAUUCUAUUCUUAUCAUUCUUAUUUAUCCUAACACUUGUCACUAGCAAUAUACAUUUAUCUUACUGUUC